AUGACCGAUAAACAUAAGGAGCUCACAGACCAGUCUGCCCAAGAUCAGCAAAAGGCCGACGUUGUGCACGCUGACCAGCAGCGAGAGCUUGCUUCCCUCGAAGCCAGACUCGAAGCCAGAGACCGCGAAGCUGCGUACCUUGAGGGCAAGCUAAAAGAACAAGAGUGCUGCGAGCUUGGCAGCUGA